AUGGGAACUCACCAGGCGCUGGGGCCGCGGCGGUCUGGGGCGCCGAUCUCCGGGGAUGCGGCAGUCGACUUAGGAGCUGCUGGGGUUGCCAAAUGUCUUCCCACGGGGUGUUCGACGGCCACGGCUGCUCGCACGUCGCCGAGGCGUGCCGGGACCGAAUCCACGAGCUGCUCGCCGAGGAGCUCGCUGUCGCCGCCGCCGACGUCUCCUGGACCGCGGCGAUGGAGCGCAGCUUCGCGCGGAUGGACAGCGAGAGGGGAUGCGGCGCCCGACGCUGCCACGAGGAAGCGGAGCCUCGAGGCCGGGGAGCUGCUCGUGGCGCGCAAGCACGGCGCCGCGUCGGUGGCCGGCCGCAGGAGGGAGAUGGAGGACAUCGUGUCCGUGCGCGAGGCGUUCGCGCUCGCGGAGGGCUCCCACGGCGGGAGGCGCGACUUCUACGGGGUGUUCGACGGCCACGGCUGCUCGCACGUCGCCGAGGCGUGCCGGGACCGCAUGCACGAGCUGCUCGCCGAGGAGCUCGCUGUCGCCGCCGACGACGUCUCCUGGACCGCGGCGAUGGAGCACAGCUUCGCGCGGAUGGACAGCGAGAGGGGAUGCGGCGUGGACCGGAUGCACGAGCUGCUCGCCGAGGAGCUCGCUGUCGCCGCCGACGACGUCUCCUGGACCGCGGCGAUGGAGCGCAGCUUUGCGCGGAUGGACAGCGAGAGGGGAUGCGGCGUGGGAGGUUGACCACGGGAGAGACGAUAGCUGGAGGCCACGACGGUUGCGUGUGGGGGGAGGGCGACGGGUCGCGAAAGGGGGGGCGAUUA